UCCCUCCUUCUGGCAGAAGGAGAAACCCAGGGCAGGAGGAGGACGACGAGGAGGAGGAGGCGACACCAUCAUCACCAUCAUCGCGGGGAGAAGACAGAGAGCCCGGCCAAGCGCGGCUGCUGCUUUCUCUCUCCUUCUGGCUGCGGGAGGGGUCCUUCCUUCUUCGUCAUCCCAUUCCUCCUUCCUUCCUUCCCUCCCUCCCUCCAGUGCGGCUCAAUCUUGUCUCAGGGAAGGAUGAAUCCCAGGUCUGUGGAGCGACAGCAGCCACCGCCGCAGCCUUGCCCUCCCACCUCCACGCAGGAGAGAAUCCCUUUCCUUCCUCGCCCCGCCGCCGAAGCAUGAGCGUUGGAUCCACAGGCUGAAGUAGCAGCAGCCGCAGAAGGAGCUGGCACUAGAGUUGGAAUAAAAAGAGAUGUUUACUGCGCUGUCCCGCCAGCCCUGUGAACAAACAGGUUUCCGAGUCCUGUACAAAAUGCCCACCAUUGUCACGUUCAUCUUUCUUCUAUUAAGUAUUGCAGUUAUUGUUACUAUUACUCUUGUCCAGUGGAAACAGAAAGAGAUCAUUUCUCCAGGUGUAAAGUAUGGAAUCGUGCUGGAUGCUGGUUCAUCUCGAACAACAGUCUACGUGUAUGAAUGGCCGGCAGAAAAAGAAAAUAAUACCGGUGUAGUAAGUCAGACCUUCAAGUGCAAUGUUAAAGGUCCAGGGAUAUCUAGUUAUGGAAGUAACCCUCAAGAAAUUGCUACACCCAUCAAUGACUGUAUUAAUAAAGUCAAGGAAAAAAUUCCUUUUCAUUUACAUGGAAGCACACCUGUGUACCUGGGAGCCACAGCUGGCAUGAGACUUCUGAGGUUGCAAAAUGAAUCAGCAGCCAGUGAAGUCCUUGAGAGCAUUCAAAACUACUUCACAUCCCAGCCCUUUGAAUUUAGGGGUGCUCAAAUCAUAACUGGGCAAGAGGAAGGGGUGUAUGGAUGGAUUACAGCCAACUAUUUAAAGGGCAAUUUCUUGGAGAGAAGCAUUUUGAGCGCUUGGGUCCAUCCUCACGGAGCGGAGACUACAGGUGCACUAGAUCUAGGCGGCGCCUCCACCCAAAUAUCUUUUAUCCCCGAAGAAACUACUGAAACAUUCAACAGCACACUACAAGUGCAACUGUAUGGCUAUCCAUAUAAUGUGUAUACACACAGUUUCCAGUGUUAUGGAAGAGAUGAAGCAGAGAAAAAAAUGCUGGCAUCCAUACUACAGAAAUCACGUGAUAAAGCCAGAAUUGAGAACCCAUGCUAUCCUCAGAGUUACAAAACUGUUUUAACCAUGAAGCACUUGUAUGGAAGCCUCUGCACUGCACAUCUGAGACCAGAAAGCUACAAUCUAAGCCAUUCUAUAAAUGUCAUAGGAACUGGCAAUCCAGCUGUCUGCAGAGAGGCAGUGUCUCUGCUAUUUGAUUUCACGUCUUGCAGAGACAGGGAGGACUGUUCAUUUAAUGGAAUUUACCAGCCAAAGAUUAAAGGGAAUUUUGUGGCCUUCUCGGGAUAUUACUACACUGUCAACGCUUUGAAUUUAACUGGACAGUUUUCUCUGGCUGAUUUCAAUUCAAGCAUGUGGACCUUCUGCUCACAGAGUUGGAACCAGCUUCCAUUUAUGCUACCUAAAUUUGAUGAGACAUAUGCAAGAUCAUACUGCUUUUCGGCAAACUACAUCUACCACCUACUAAUACAUGGGUAUAAAUUCAAUGCAGAGAACUGGCCACUGAUACACUUUCAGAAGGAAGUCGGUAACAGCAGCAUAGCCUGGUCAUUAGGCUACAUGCUUAGCCUCACGAAUAUGAUUCCUGCAGAGAGCAAUAGGAUUUGGUUCCCUAUGAAUCCCUCUCUGUUUGCUGGACUGCUUCUCUUCUUCACAGCAGUGGCAUUGCUGUGUCUAAUCUUCCUUGUGUAUUCAUGUGUUGUGUCACGCAUGCAAAAGAAUUCUUGUCAUGUUGAACAUGUAUUUGCAGAAUAAACCAGUCUCAUGAGGGAGAUCUGAACUUGUA